AUGUUGCGUAAGAAGAAUUACGUGUACGGCGCUGAGGUGGCCUAUUUGCCCCACCAUCUGCAUUUCGGACAGUAUAUGCUAGAGAAGUGUAAGCUGUACAUGGACGAAAUAGCUUUGCUUGACGCUGCCACGGGAGCUCAGGUGACGUACGGGGAGGUGGCAGAGGUGGCGGCGGGCGUCGCCCUCUCGCUAGCAGGCAUGGGGCUCGGCAGGGGCGACGUGGUGAGCGUCUGCAGCGAGAAGAGAUCGGAGUUCAUACCAACUAUGAUUGGCAUUAUGUGCUCCGGAGCAACAUUCAUGCCGGCGGAUGUUAGUUGCAUGAACGAUUCAAUACUUCAUCGUCUAAGCAAUCCAGAGCCGAGGGUAAUAUUCUGCUCGCCGUCCGUCUACAAAGUGCAUAAAAAGACCUUUAAAUUGGUAAACAAUUUGGCGUCCACCGUAGUCUAUGGCGACAGCGUCGUCGAAGACGCCAUCCUCUUCAAAGAUUUUGUCACGAAGCAUGUUAACUUGGAAGAUUUUAUACCAAUGCCAGUGACGGGAUGGUCCGAUUUAGCGGUGAUACUCUACUCCUCGGGCACCACCGGCCUCCCAAAAGGUGCCAAGUUCACCCACCUCAGCUUCCUAAUGUGCUUCCAACACGGCCUCGCUGCGAAAAACCUCGUAGGCGCCAGGAUGUUCAGCACUCGCGAUUGGUACUACACAUACGGCUUGAAGCACACCAUCGGGACUCUGAUGGUUGGCGCGACGGUGGUGUUCACCACCAGCGACGAUGUUAAGGACAUCCUCAGGAUCAUCCAGGAGUACAAGCGUAAUCCAUCUGCUGCCCACCACGGUGAACGAGAUGGUGAAAACGAAUCUCGACGAGUACGACGUCAGCUCACUCAUGUGCAUGAUGUCUACCAGCAUGCCUAUCGAUGCAGAACUGUCAAACGCUGUGAUGAAGAAAUUUACGGGAUGACGGAGGCUGGGUGCCUGACUGACGAUCUGAACUCUGCCAUGGGCCCAAAGGCUGGAAGCGUGGGGUGCGCUAAUCCUGGAGUAGUCAUUAAGAUAGUGGACCUGAAGACUCGUCAGCCACUUGGAGCCAACGAGAUCGGAGAGCUCUGUUUCAAAUCAUUAUCGCUGAUGUCAGGUUAUGUCGGAGAAACGACGCGUGACUACUUGGACGAAGAGGGCUUCUUCAAGUCAGGGGACGUUGGCUAUUAUGACGAAGAUAGAUACUUCUACAUUGUCGACAGACUGAAGGAUCUCAUAAAAUAUCGCGGUGCAACGGUGUCCCCGGCGGAGGUGGAGGCGGCCCUGCUGAGGCAUCCCGCCGUGAAGGAUGCCGGGGUGGUGGGGAUGCCGCACCCUGACCACUGCGAGGUGCCAGCCGCCUUCGUGGUGGCACAGCCUGGCGCUGCCGUCACCGAACGCGACCUGGUGGCGUUCAUUGGCCAGCAGUUGAGCACAAUCAAAAUGGAGGGCGGGAUUCGAUUUUUAAAGCAAUUGCCAAGGGGUGCCACCUCAAAGCUUUCCAAGAAGUCUCUUAGGGAGAUGUUA